AUGGAAGACCAGUGGACAUUUGAACAGUGGGACUGUCAUGUCCAAUAUAUGGCGAGCUGGCUCGUCGUAAGCAAGCAGGACGAGAAAUAUCUUAUUCAAGGUUUGUGGCCACUGGAGUGGGAAUCGACUGAAGAUCAGCCAAUAGUCAACAAAGCCAACGCAAUGAGUGAGGGUGCCAUUGCGGAUGUAUCAUCAGCCAACACUUUUCAAUCUAUCUAUAGAUAUAUCGUGGAUGGCAAUGCAAUGAUGCGCUCAGCAACAGAUAUCAAUUAUGACUCGCCCAAAAGCCCGGAUGGGAAGCCCAACCCUCAGGAGUAUGGAGGUGCAGAUGCUUUCCUCCAUUUCAUAACAAACACUGUUCACCAUUUUGUGUUUUCGUCAAUAUUUCCUCGCAUAUCAGUCUGCCAGACUGCUCUGUUCGGACACUCCUUUGGGGCCCUUUUCGCUCUCCAUGCGCUCUAUACAGCCCCCGCAAGCUUCGACGCGUAUCUUGCAGCAAGUCCGUCAAUUUGGUGGAACGAUGGAUUCCUGUUACAGGAAGAAGAGCAAUUCUACAACAUGCCAGAACCGCAUCACCAGCCGAGUGUUUGGAUGGCAUAUGGAUCACUUGAGCAGUCUCCCAUACCUCAGAAAAAUCAGUCCUUGGAGGAAUACGAAAAAAGGUUGGCAAUAGUCAAUGAGCGUCUAAUGGGGGACAAUUGCGACCAGAUGUUUGUUCGACUUCUGCAGAGUGGACGGCUACGGUCAGUCGUACGAAGAAAAUAUGAAGAUGAAGACCAUGGCAGUGUCGUUGCUGGGGCACUGAGCGGAGCUAACUUCUAUUUCCUUGACCAAGGAGACGAAGAAUGA